AUGACGCAGGACCUGGAGAUGGCGGCGCGCCACGGCCCCGGCUUCGGCGCCGACGGGGCGCACUACUACCCUCAGCCGCCGCGGAACGGCGCCGGCGGCGAGGAGCUCGACGACGACGGCAGGAAGAAGCGCACCGGAACGGUAUGGACGGCGAGCGCGCACAUCAUCACAGCCGUCAUAGGCUCCGGCGUGCUCUCCCUCGCCUGGUCGACUGCACAGCUGGGCUGGGUCGUGGGGCCGCUCACCCUGAUGAUCUUUGCCUUCAUCACGUACUACACCUCUAGUCUUCUCUCUGACUGCUACCGCAGCGGCAAUCAGCUCACCGGCAAGAGGAACUACACCUACAUGGAUGCUGUCGCCGCAUACCUGGGUCGAUGGCAAGUCUUGUCCUGUGGUGUUUUCCAGUAUGUCAACUUGGUUGGAACCGCCGUUGGGUAUACAAUUACAGCGUCCAUCAGUGCAGCGGCCGUGCACAAGGCUAACUGCUUCCACAAGAAGGGCCACGCGGCCGACUGCAGCACCUACGACACCAUGUACAUGGUCGUAUUUGGGAUCGUUCAGAUCUUCUUCUCUCAGCUCCCUAACUUCAGUGACCUUUCGUGGCUGUCCAUCGUCGCCGCCAUCAUGUCGUUCUCUUACUCGACCAUCGCUGUCGGCCUCUCAUUGGCGCGGACCAUUUCAGGCCGUACUGGUAAGUCAACUCUGACUGGCACUGAGAUCGGAGUCGACGUUGAUUCAGCCCAGAAGGUCUGGCUCGCGCUUCAAGCUCUUGGCAACAUCGCAUUCGCUUACUCCUACUCCAUGAUUCUCAUUGAAAUCCAAGACACGGUGAAGUCUCCUCCAGCCGAGAACAAGACGAUAAAGAAGGCGACCCUGAUGGGCGUGACGACCACCACGGCGUUCUACAUGCUUGCUGGCUGCCUUGGGUACUCGGCGUUUGGGAACGCGGUGCCAGGGAACAUCCUGACCGGGUUCGGCUUCUACGAGCCCUACUGGCUGAUCGACUUUGCCAACGUCUGCAUCGUGGUGCACCUGGUGGGCGCGUACCAGGUGUUCUCCCAGCCCAUCUUCGCGGCCUUGGAGACGGCCGCCGCCAAGCGCUGGCCUAACGCCAAGUUCGUCACGCGCGAACACCCCCUCGUGGCCGGCAGGUUCAACGUCAACAUGCUCAGGCUGACGUGGAGGACGGCGUUCGUGGUGGUGAGCACGGUGCUCGCCAUCGUGAUGCCCUUCUUCAACGACAUCCUGGGCUUCCUCGGCGCCAUCGGGUUCUGGCCGCUCACCGUGUACUACCCAGUGGAGAUGUACAUCCGGCAGCGGCGGAUACAGAAGUACACCACCAGGUGGGUGGCGCUGCAGCUGCUCAGCUUCCUGUGCUUCCUGGUGUCGCUCGCCUCGGCGGUCGCGUCCAUCGAGGGAGUCACCGAGUCGCUCAAACACUACGUCCCCUUCAAGACCAAGUCAUGA